AUGGUUUUCUGUAUUAUUGUUGGUUGUUCGACUAGAUCUGGUCGAGACAAAGAUUUUUCCUUCUUUCGAGUGCCUUGUGUGGUCACAAAUAGAGGAGAAUUAGAAGAGGAGCUUUCUCGAGAACGCCGAACACGCUGGCCAUCCGCCAUUAGUCGGGAUAACUUGACGGACAAAAUCCUAGAUUCCCAACGUAUUUGUAGCCGACAUUUUGUUUCUGGCAAAGCUGCUAGUAUAUGGGAUAGACAUAAUGUUGACUGGAUGCCCACUUUAAACUUGGGACACUCAAAAACUGCUCCAAACGCUUUGAGCGCCGAAGCGAAGAAAGCAAGAGCAGAUCGUGAGAAGGAAAGAAGGAAGCGAAGCUUAGAAUGGCAGGCUAUGGAAGUCGCCGAAAAAGUUAAAAUAAUUAAUGAGCCAGGACUUUGUGUUUCAAAUAUUGACUUUGAGACGGUAGAUUUAACAGAAUCUGUCGAAGGAAUUGAGCAAGACGGUAACGAAGCAGCCUCUGAAUCACCAGCACACUGUACAGAUGACAUUUUAGCAUCAGCUGCACAAUCACUAAAACUAGUUGAUAAAGCGUCCCAAACAGAGGAGUUUGAGUACCUUUUCGAACAGAGACAACCCGAAUGUUUCAGCGAAAGGUACUUUCUCGAAUCUAAUGAUUGUGACGAAAGAGUUAGAUUCUACACGGGUUUGCCUUGCUUCGCUAUUUUACAGAAAACAUUCCGCUAUGUCUCACCCCAUGUGACAUACAAGAGCAAAAGGCUCAGUCAGUUUCAGGAGUUUGUGCUGGUCCUGAUAAGACUCAGACUGAAUGUGUUUAUGCAAGACCUGACAUAUCGGUUUGAAGUAACUAGGAGAACUGUGAAUAGAAUAUUUCAUGCCUGGAUGAUAAUCAUGGAUGAGAGGCUUUCCCCUCUUAUCCACUGGCCAGACAGAGAAGCCUUGCAAAGCACUAUGCCUCAGUGCUUCCAAUAUUCAUUUGCAAAGAGGGCAACAUGCAUUAUUGAUUGCUAUGAAGUAUUCAUUAACAAGCAAAGCAAUUACCUGGCCAGAGCACAACCAUUCUCUAACUACAAGCACCAUAACACCGUAAAAGUGCUCAUUGGUAUUACCCAUCAGGGUACAGUGUCAUUUGUCUCUCAAGCAUGGGGUGGGCGCACUUCGGACAAAUUUCUCACUGAAAACUGUGGCUUUCUAGACAAAUUAUAA